AUGGGGGUCUGUGCGGACCCCCACCCUGAGGAGGGGCAGAAAGCAGGAGCCGGGAAAUGGCCAGGGGAUGCUCGGGGGCUGCCCCAGCAUCUGCUCCGCUCCCGGCUCCAGGAGGUGGGAAAUGGCUCCUGGAAGUGCCGAGAACCAGCCCGCGAUGGAGCCGCCUCCCCGCGGCCCCGGCCGGGCCGUCUGGCCGCUGACCUGCCUGCUGCUGCUCUCCCUGCGCGGUUGGCCAGCACGAAGGCACCCCGCAUCCCGCUGCUGGUGCACAGGCACGUCGUGAGGGUACGGGGCUCGCGUGUGCUGCUGGCAAAUACCCGCUGGGAGGUGGCUCCACCGGGCUCCGAGCCCCACUGCGCUUCGGGGGGGGUGGGGGCAUCGCUCUGCGUGCUGCUGCUGGAGUUUGAAGAUGUUUCUGAGCAAGCAAUGAGUCAGGUUGGUCCUGGUGUAGGGCUGUUGGGCGCAAGGGAGCACGCAGAGGGUGCUCGCGCACCGCUGCCUGACGAGGGGGUGAUGUGGGCUUGGUGGUACGAGAUGCGCGCGGACCACCCGCAGCCCGGCUGCAAACCUGGGCUCUUGGAGAGGCGACCCCGCUGCCUGCAGAGACAAAUCCCUGUGACCCCCGGGAAGGCAGGGACGUUGUGCCGAGGUGGCGGUGCGGGUGCCCAGGUGGGGCAGGGCUUCGAGCUGCAGCAGCCCCAGGACACGGUGUCGGUGACAGCGGGGGAAACGCUCACCCUGAACUGCACCACGUCCAGUGGCAGGCCUGCUGGCCCCGUGAAGUGGCUGAAGGGUUGGGGCAGUGGGAACCAGACUGUCUAUGGGCAGACGGGCUCCUUCCCCCGCGUGACGAGGGCAUCGGAUGGGUCCGACACAGACUUCACCAUCCACAUCAGGGACGUUCAACCCGUGGAUGCCGGCACCUAUUACUGUGUGAAGUUCACCAAAACGGGGUAUGGUGAUGAGGUGUUUCGGCGUGGAAAGGGCACGCAGGUGUCUGUACACGGUGACCAAACCCACUGUGCCGGUGGGCGGACGAAAUCCUCCUACGACAUGUCCAGCACCGUGACGCUAACGCUGGAGGCGGACGAUGUCCGCUCGCGGCUCAUCUGCGAGGUGCGGCACCCCACGCUGACGGGCCCGCUGAGGGGGACGUACCGGCUCAGCCAAGCCCUGCGAGUUUCCCCCAGUGUCCGUGUGGUCGCUGACCCGCCAAGCCCCGUUGAGGUGAACAAGACCGUGAACUUCACCUGCAACGUGAAGGAUUUUUACCCAGGAGUUGUGGCCGUCACCUGGCUGGAGAACGGGACAGAGAUGAACGUGGAGAAUGUCUCCCGGCUGGUGGAGACCCCCCAGGGCUUGUUCAAGCUGAGUAGCGUGGUGGAGAUCAAAGCGGUGGAGGAGAAGAACGAGUCGGUGUUCACAUGCCGUGUGGUGCAUGAUUCCCAGGCCCCCAUCGAGAGGAUGGCCACCCUGUGGAUCACCACCCCAGUCAGGGACGGAAUGAGUGACGCAUCCCAGACAAAUAACGGCAAUUUGCUCUCAAUCUAUAUCGCGGUGGCAGUGGUCUGCACUGUGCUGGCCCUGCUGGUGGCUGCAAUUCUUUACCUCAUCCGGGUGAAGCAGAGCAAGGGUAAAAGCUCGCCAUCUGCUAGGUUACAUGAGCCAGAGAAGAGCAGCGAGGCCACUACCCAGGAAUCUGACCCCAACAACCUGACCUACGCAGACCUGAACUUUGAGAGAGAGAGGAAGACCAUCCGGCGGAUGGUGGAGAUGAGUCAGCAGUCGGAGUACGCCUGCAUCCAGACCAACCGAGCACCCAAUGGUGAUGACAACCUCACCUAUGCCGACCUGGACAUGGUGCACCUCAGCAAGGCACCCAAGCGUCCAGCCCCGCACCCCGAGGAGGCCGGCUCCGAGUAUGCCAGUGUCCAGAUCCCGAGAAAGUGA